AGCCUGCGGGGGUGGCGCAUCCAGUUCUGGGCCAGGGGGUCCAAAGUGCUUAGCUCCCAGGGUGCACAGCUGGACAUUUGGGGGUCUUCUGUCAUCAGGAGACAGCGUGAAUGGGGUCCUCUUUAGGAAGGAAAGAGAGCAGGGCAGAGGACAUAUCUUGACCCUGGCUGACUCCCUAGGGCAAUGGCAUCUCCCGGCCACAUCCUGGCUCUCUGUGUGUGUCUCUUCUCCAUGGCCAGUGCAGAAGCUCCGCAGGAACCAGAUCCAUUCACCUAUGAUUACCACACCCUGCGGAUCGGCGGCCUCACUAUCGCUGGGAUCCUCUUCAUUUUGGGCAUCCUUAUCAUCCUUAGCAAGAGAUGUCGGUGCAAAUUCAACCAACAGCAGAGAACUGGGGAACCCGACGAAGAGGAGGGAACUUUCCGCAGCUCCAUCCGCCGUCUGUCAACCCGCAGGCGGUAGAACCUCCACCUGGCUCCAGGAAACUCAGCCAGACCCCCCUUGACACCUGACACCUCUCCCCACCCAGUUGCUCGCCUGUGACCACCCCCAGUGUCCCCUCCAUCAGCCCUGCCUUUCGGACACCCCUUGCUGCUCAGACCUCUAAUAAAACUCGGUUUUCCUUCUUGAUA